AUGAAGUCUCUCACAUCCCUCGCACUCUGCGCCCUCGCCACCACCACCCUCGCCGUCAACCCGAUCGUCGUUCAACAGCAGGAAUUCGUCGACUCGGAGACCAACGAGAGGUUCAUGAUCAUUGGUGUCGACUACCAGCCAGGCGGACAAGGUGCUUACGGCACUGGAGGCGGAGACCCAUUGAGCAAUGCCACGAUCUGUCUGCGCGAUGCGGCGCUCAUGCAGAACAUGGGCAUCAACACCAUUCGCUCCUACAACGUCGACCCGACUCUCAACCACGAUGAGUGCGCGAGCAUCUUCAACUCGGUGGGCAUCUACAUGUUGAUCGAUGUCAACUCGCCGUUGGGAGGACAGUCGAUUGAUCGGACGAAUCCAAGUGGGACGUAUACCACCGACUACCUCAGGCACAUCUUCACCGUUGUGGAGGCUUUCAAGAGUUAUCCGAACACUUUGGGCUUCUUUGGGGGGAAUGAGAUUAUCAAUGAUAUUGGCACUGCUGAGGAUAAUCCUCCGUACAUGCGUGCUGUGCAGCGAGAUCUGAAGAACUACAUCGCGGCGCAUGCGGACAGGACCAUUCCGGUGGGAUACUCUGCGGCUCAGGUUCAGGAUGUGCUACAGGAUACGUGGGCAUACCUCCAGUGCAACAACUCGGACACCGGCGAGGACAUGUCUCGAUCUGACUUCUUCGGAUUGAACUCCUACUCCUGGUGCGGUAGCCAGUCCAGCUUCACCAUCUCUGGCUAUGAUCAACUGGUCCAAACCUUCGGCAACACUACGAUCCCAGUCUUCUUCAGCGAGUAUGGCUGCAACGACCCCGUACCACGAGUCUUCGACGAAGUACCAGUACUUUACGGCCCCGAGAUGACAGUCCUCUCCGGUGGCCUUGUCUACGAAUGGACACAAGAGACCUCUAACUACGGUCUCCUCGAAGCCAACAGCAACGGCUCAGCCUCCCUCCUGCCCGAUUUCGACGUCUUGCUCGCGCAGUAUCAGAAGCUUAACAUAACUCUGAUCACCACGCAAAACGAGACGGCCACGAACCUGCAACCACCACGCUGCAGCGCCGGUCUCAUUGGUGAGUCUGGUUUCAGCACAGACUUCGAUAUCCCCGAACCACCAAGCGGCGCUGAAGCUCUCAUUUCGCAAGGUGUCUCGAAUGCGCCGACAGGCACAAUCGUCCCAGUAACAAACACCGAGGUCAACGUCCCGGUCUACGCUACUAACGGUGGCGAGAUCAGCGGCCUUGUGAUCAGACCUGCCAAUGGUGCUAACCGCCCUGGCGAUGGGUCUGGUCUGUCGACUGCGGGCCCGUCGGGUACGCAGACUGGUAAAAGCUCCAGCAGUAGUGGUCUUGCUGCGAGACCUACUGGUGCUGUAAUGGGUGGAAGUGCAGUGGCUGCGGCGGUCUUCGGAGCUGCUAUGCUCGCGCUCUAG